AUGGGAGAAGAGGAGGGCUUGCCUCUGAUCGCCGGCGGCGGUCGGCCUCCACCCUCGAAGGCCUGGGAGAUACUGUGGAGAGCCGCAAAGCUCCUCGGGAGGGCCUGGAAGCUCAUGCUCCCCGUCCUGUUCAUCUAUCUUAUCCCCUCCUCUCUCCUGUUAUUUGGCACCUUUAUUACCGUGGAGCCGUUGAUCAUCGACAUGGCCCGGAGGGUCUCCACCAUGAAGACCAAGGAUCCCUCGAGCUCAGAGUUCCUUGCCCUCCUCCCCGGGCUAACUGAGGAUCUUAGCGGGUUCGUCGCCGCGGAAGUGGGUAUGCUGUUGGCGUCGCUCCUGCUCUCGUCGUUCCUCUUGACGGGGGUGAUCAACGUGCUCACCAUGGCCGCCAAGGCGGAGAAGGUGACCUUCAAAGAUCUGUUUUACAAGAUAAAGACUAUGUGGAAGGGCUUACUUGCCACUCUUCUCUACGUCAACCUCUUGGCCUUCGCUUACGAGACCAUCUGGCUGCUACUUCUGGCCUUUGCCUUCUUCAUCUUUGGCCUUUCUCUGGGAUCGUCUGUCUUGACCGCCGUCAUAACGGUCUCGGGCCUUCUUCUCCUUCUGUACUUGAGCAUGAUCUGGUCUCAAGGGGUGGUGGUCUCGGCGACGGAGGAAGGACGCUACGGGCUGACUGCCCUGGGGAGAGCGGCGGAGCUCGUCCAAGGAAGAAGAGAGCUAGCGUUCCAGGUUAACUGCCUCAAGUUUCUCAUCUUUGCGGGGUGGUAUCUCAUCAUGAUUCUCCUCCGAAAGGUGACGAACCCGCUGAUCACCCUGACCGUCAGCUUCUACCCCAUGCUACUUGUGAGCGUGUUCUGUUUAGCCGUGGACGUGGCGUUCUACAACGAGUGCAGGAAAGCCGCGGAGGGGAACCCAUGA